AUAAAAAUAAAGGGAAAAAUAGCUUAAUUUUUUAUAUUUAAAUAUGGCACAAAGUCAGUUUUUUAAGAUAUCUGGAAAACGGUUUAUGCGGGUUUUUGGAGGAGCUACAUUACUUAGUGCAUCAGUAUAUUAUUUUAGAAAAGAAUAUGUUAAUGCAGAUUCAUUAAAAGUUGAUAUUCCGAAUAUUAAUAUGUUUUCAAAAAUUUUGUCACGUGAAGAGCAAAUAGAGAAGCUUAAAUCACAUUCUAAGAAUGAUGGUAGUGAAUAUGACCUUUUGAUUAUUGGAGGAGGAGCUACAGGAGCGGGAUGUGCAUUAGAUGCUACUAGUAGAGGGUUAAAAGUAGCAUUAGUUGAAAAGUAUGAUUUCUCUAGUGGAUCAAGUAGUAAAAGUACAAAAUUAGUACAUGGAGGUGUACGAUAUUUGGAAAAAGCAUUUAAGACAUUAGAUUGGGAUCAAUAUGUACUUUUACAAGAGGCUUUGCGUGAAAGAUUAAUUUUUUUAUGUAAUGCACCUCAUUUAGCAUUUGUUUCACCAAUAAUGAUUCCUAUUUAUAAAUGGUGGAAAGUUCCUUAUUUUUGGGUAGGGGUUAAAAUAUAUGAUUUUCUUGCUGGCGAUAAAAACAUGAAAUCAUCUUAUUUCUUAACCAAAGCGAAGACUUUGGAAAACUUUCCUAUGUUAAAAACUAAUGAUUUGGCUGGAUCUUUGGUAUAUUAUGAUGGCCAACAUAAUGAUUCACGUACGAAUAUUGGUUUAAUAUUAACUUCCGUAUUAUAUGGAGCAAAUGUUGCAAAUUAUGUUGAAGUUUUUGAAUUUAAAAAGAAUGAGGAUGGGAAGAUUUGUGGAGCAGUUGUUAGAGAUUGUUUAACCGGGGAUACAUGGACAAUUGCUGCUAAAGGUGUAAUAAAUGCCACAGGUCCUUUUGCGGAUAUUUUAAGAAAUCUUGAUUCUUCAUUAACUCCGAAAAUGCUAUCUUUAUCAUCAGGAACCCAUGUAAUUCUUUCUGGACAUUAUUCUCCUCCUAAUAUUGGAUUUAUUAAUCCUAAUACAUCUGAUGGACGUGUGAUUUUUUUCUUACCAUGGCAAGGAAAUACUCUUAUUGGAACUACCGAUUCUCCUACUAAAAUUUCAUUUGAUCCUGCUCCUAAAGAAGAGGAAAUUUCUUGGAUUUUGUCUGAGAUUAAAAAAUACCUUAAUCCUGAAUUUAUUAUUAGGAGAGAGGAUGUGCUUGCUGCUUGGUCUGGUAUUAGGCCUUUGGUUCAUAAAUCUGGUUCAAAUGAUACAAGCAAUUUAGUAAGAAGUCAUAUAAUAGAUGUCAGUGAUAGUGGUCUUUUAACUAUUUCUGGUGGAAAAUGGACGACAUAUAGACGAAUGGCAGAGGAUACUAUUGAUAGGGCUAUUAAGGAAUUUGAUCUUAAACCUUUUUCCGCUAAAUGUUUAACACAAAAUAUUCAAUUAAUAGGGGCUUCUGGAUGGAGCGAUACACUUUAUAUUUCUUUAAUUCAUAAAUUUGGAAUUGAUUUAGAUAUUUCAAAAUAUUUGUCUGAAAGUUAUGGUGACCGUGCUUCUUCUGUUCUUAAUAUGUCAGACUUUGCGGGAAAAAGGCGGAAUGUUAGAGGAAUUAGAUUAAGUGAUAAAUAUCCUUUUAUUGAUGGAGAAGUUCGUUAUGCAGUCAGAAUGGAAUAUGCUCAAACAUGUUCGGAUGUUUUAGCAAGACGAACGAGAUUGGCAUUCUUGGAUGUUUUAGCGGCAUUGGAAGCUCUGCCUAAAGUUAUUGAUAUCAUGUCUGAGGAAUUAAACUGGUCUGAAACACGUAAAGAACUUGAAUGGAAAAAUACAAUUAAAUUUUUAUGUUCUAUGGGUCUUUCUGAAACAAUGAAAAAUUUAACAAGGGCUGAUGUUGAAAAUGGUAAUUUUUAGGGAUAUAGAUAAUAUUAAUUAUUUUUAUUUGAAGUAUAUAAUAGUU